CGUUGAGGCUUAAAUCUGUUGGUGAGCAGAAGCCAGUGUUAGGAGUUAGAAGGCAUUGAGGCAUGAGUCCGUCAGAGUGCAGAAGCCAGUGUUAGGAGUCAGAAGAUGUUGAAGCAUGAGUCUGUUAGAGGGCAGAGGACAGUUAGAAGGAGUUAGGAGUUAGAAAAAAAGAGUUGAGGCGCAAGUUUCUUUGGAAGUAGAUUGUUAUUAAAGAGGGUUGUACAAAGCAAUAUAGUUUUUGAAAAGACAACUCCCAGGACUCUACUCAUCUCAAGCUGUGUAGAUCCAGCCUCUCUACUCAUACAUUACAUGCCUGCAGCGUUUGUUAUCAUGGCAGAUGCCAUGGUGGGUGGGGUGGGGGCAAAGUCCCUGGGCGCAUUUGGAUCCGUGCCUUACGGUUGUGUCAUUCGAGGGAAAUGGCUUUGUUUGUGUGUUGUGACAGCAAAGGAAUUUCCAAGUCGAAAGGUUGCAGCUGACCUUCGGGAAUUGUCCCUCAGGAUGGGAAAGGAAGGGACUUUUCGAGCCCGGCUUUGAGGAUGUGAGAAAACACGACACAAUCAGCCUUUCUCAGGGCCUUUCUUCCUUGCCCGGGAUGGGGAACGCAUUCCUUCAAGUGAGUUUUUAAUUGUAUUGUUGUAUGUUUAUCAAUGGCUUUCCUAGAUUUCAGAGCGGGGCCCGCUCCCUCAAUGCAUUGCGACAAGGCAGAAAAAAUGAACUAGGUAGAUAUAGGAUGGGUGACACUUGGCUUGACAAUAGAGCCGAGAGCGUGAUGCAGCAGCGAAAAGGGCCAAUGCGAUCCUAGGCGUCUAGGCAUCAAUAGGAGUCGGUGGAAGUCAUAGUCCUCUUCUGCUUUGGUCACCGGGAAUAAUAUGGUGUCCAGUUCCGAUUCAAAAAAGGAUAUGGACUAGCUGGAACGUGGACAUAAACAAACAAAGGAUCAAAGGUCUGGAAACUAUGACUCCCUAUGGGGUUGUGUAGAUGGCCAUUUGUCAGGAGGGAUUGGAUGGUGUCUUCCUGCCUGGAUGGCCUUUGGAGGUCCCUUCGAACUCUGAGAUUCUGUGAUUCUAUAGACCUACUUCUCAAUGCAUUUCUCUACGAUGCUGGAUGGCCAUCUGUUGGGAGUGUUUUGAUGGUGCCUUCCCGCAAUGGGGUUGGACUGGAUGCCCUUUGGGGCUCCCUUCUACAGCUCCCUGAUUCUAUGUGAUUCUUUCUCUCAAAGAUGCUGUGCACGUUGGUGCUUGCAGUCCUCCUGUCAACCAGUUCGGGCGAAGAUGCUACUUUGCUCAAAGAAGAGAGAGGGACCAUGGAUGGCUCGGUAUCCCAGCAUUACGCCAACCUCGGGGCCCCCCAAGUGAUCCUGUUCUGCCCCAUCUCGGGAAACACAUCCGCAGCGCAAUGGUUCCUCAACGGCAAAGCGGUGCCUGAAGCGGCGAGGAAAGAUGGAAGCUUGAUCCUGCGGAACGUGACUCUGGCACAAAGCGGGGAGUACAGUUGCCGGGACUCAGAGGCCGGACUGCCCCUGAGAAGGAUCCACCUGAAGCUGGGUUACCCACCUGAGAAGCCCGAUGUCCGAUGCUGGUCGGCCAGUUACCCGGCGGCCAGUUGCAAUUGGGCUCUGCCAACUGAGACUCACCUGCCCACCGUUUUCUUCUCCACUUACAGGCAUGGCCUGGAAGGUCAAGAAUACGAAUGCAUCCUGUCCGUCGCCGAGGCCAACCUCUGCUCCAUCCCCAACAUCCAGAUGUUCACCAUCGAUCCCUAUGUGCUCAAUGUGACGGCCGCAAACCCUUUGGGGUCGGCGACGCGCCUCUUUCCCAUCUUCCUGGAGCAGAUCCUCAAACCCGACCCUCCGGAAGCAGUGACGGUCUCCCCAAUCCGAGGCGAGAAGAAGAAACUCCUUUUGGAAUGGAAGCCACCUCUUUCAUGGAGAUUCCCUGAAUAUUUCCCGUUGAAAUACACAAUCCGUUAUUGGCGGGAGGGAUCUCACGGCCGAAAGUCGAUCAGGCCGACAGAGCAAACCUCCUUCGUCUUGACCGGGAUCCGUUCCGGAGCAACGUACUACGUCCAAGUGGCAGCCAAGGAUUUUCUCGACAAUGGCGAAUACAGCGCUUGGAGUUCCCCAGCCUCUGGAACAGCUUGGAGUGACGGAUCAUAACUGGAAGGCCAUCUGUCUGGAGGGCUUGGAUGGUGUCUUCCUGCCUGGAAUAAUAGCAUUGGAUGACUUUUGGGAGUCUCUUCUAACUAUCUAUAUAUAUAAAAGAGUGAUGGCAUCACGGCGACCCACAAAACAACAAAACUACAGGCCCCCCAACCUCGAAAUUUGACAACACAACCCAUCAUCCACGCCUCUAGGUUGAUACAACAAAAAGAAAAGAAAAAUAAAGUCCUAAUUAGAGAGGAAUAGUUGCUUUUAUCCAAUUGCUGCCAGUUAGAAGGCUAAGCUCCUCCAACUUGGUCUCCUAGCAACCCAAUAAAAAUAAUAAAAAACACUUAAAAUUAAUACAAUAAAAUACUAUAAUAACAGAAAAUAACUAAAAAUAAUACAAGAAAAUAAUAAAAUAUAAUAAAUAAAAAGAUAACUUACAAUAAAAUUAAUUUAAAAAAUACAAAUAACAUCAAAUUAAAAUUACACAACAAUUUUUAACCAAUACCACCACCACUUUGCCACAGCAACGCAUGGCCGGGCACAGCUAGUGAUUCUAUAAUUUUAUAGCCUUAUAUCUCUAUGAACCUUCAAUGAGGCUGGAUGGCCAUCUGCCGGGAGGGAUCGAAUGGUCUACUGGCAGAAAAGUGGCCUUUUAAUGGUCUUUGAAUGGUCUUAUGUUAUGUAUUUUAACUAUAUUGUACCUUGAGGAGAGAAGAGGUGGCUAACAAAUAAAAUAUAUUGUUGUUGUUGUUA